UCUGUUUCUUCUUCAGUCAAUACCCAAACUCACCUUCCCAGGUGGAUUAUUAAUUGGUUGCAGUCCUGGACUCAUGAAUGUCCCUAAGAUCAAAGGGACACACACCGCAAUGAAAAGUGGCAUGCUGGCUUCAGAAGCCAUCUUUAGCCAGUUAAUCAAUGAAAAUCUCCAAUCAAAGACAAUAGGACUUGAAGUGCAAGAAUAUGAAGAGAACCUGAAAAAGUCCUGGGUCUGGAAAGAGCUGUAUGCGGUUAGAAACAUCCGGCCAUCCUGCCAUAGCAUACUCGGUGUGUAUGGAGGAAUGAUUUACACAGGUAUAUUUUAUUGGCUACUGAGAGGAAUGGAACCAUGGACAUUAAAACAUCCAGGACCAGAUUUUGCUCAGCUCAAGCCAGCCAAAGAUUGCACGCCUAUUGAAUACCCAAAGCCUGAUGGAAAAAUCAGUUUUGAUCUCCUUUCAUCUGUGGCUUUAAGUGGUACAAACCAUGAACAUGACCAGCCUGCUCAUUUAACUCUCAAAGAUGACAGCAUCCCUGUGAGCAGGAACCUGGCUGUAUUCGAUGGACCGGAACAAAGGUUCUGUCCAGCAGGAGUUUAUGAAUAUAUUCCUCUGGAAACAGGAGAAGGAUCAAGGCUGCAGAUAAAUGCUCAGAACUGUGUCCACUGCAAAACAUGUGAUAUCAAAGACCCAAGUCAGAACAUUAACUGGGUAGUGCCUGAAGGUGGAGGGGGACCAGCUUAUAAUGGGAUGUAAACUGAUGGGAAAUCUAUUCAGUGACUUCUGACCACCAACAACUAAGUUGGACUAUUCUAUGCUGCAGUGUAAUUGAAGUACAGCAUUGACCUGAAUGUUAAAGGGUUUGAGACUAAUGUGCCAUUCUGAAUUUUAGGUGUGACUGUUGCAUUAAAUGGAAAGUCGGUGCCUUCCGGUUAAACCCUAGCCUUAUUUAAAUAGGACUUCUUUACAGGAGUUGUGUGGCAGGCAGAAGAAGGUUCUUCUCAGGACUGACAAAGGAGCUUUGGAUCUUGGAUUUAUUGCUGAAGUUCAGUGGUAACAGGAGCCAUAUCCAGAAUCGUGGGUAGGGUGGAAGAAUUUAGUACCCACCCU